AUGGCUGCCAUGGUUUCGAGCACUCUUCCGGCAACCCACACAGCAGUGAAAGUGGUGGGCUCCAAUCAUCUCGUCGUGACCAAGGAUGCCGCCAUGCCUGUAUUCGACAAGUCCGAGGUGCUCGUACGAGUGGCCUGCAUUUCCAUCAAUCCAGUGGAUGCAAAAUCAGUCGAUAUGUCGCCCACACCCGGCGCAACGGUCGGAACCGAUUUCUCUGGCGUUGUAGUGGCUCUGGGCAGCGACGUCGACGCUGAGCAAUGGCACAUCACCGAUCGCGUUAUGGGUGGGAUAUUCGGCAACAAUCCUCUUCGUCAUGACAACGGCGCCUUUGCAGAGUAUCUGGCUGUUCCCGCCAAGCUGCUAUGGCAUAUCCCCGCCGAUAUGGACUUUACGACAGCUGCCUCGUUGCCGACCGCUUUGGCAACUAUUGGAAUGUCACUAUUCCAGUACCUGCAGAUUCCCAUGCCGGAUAUUUCAGGGCCAUUGCAGCCUGGCUCCAAAGAAGAAAAUCAUGGCGCGAAGUUUGUACUAGUCUACGGGGGCGGUACCGCUUCGGGUGCCAUGGCGAUACAAGUUCUGAGGUUGUUGGGUCUCAACCCUAUCACGACGUGUUCUGCGACAUCGGCAGCCCGAUCUCGCGAGCUGGGAGCGUCCGCAACCUUUGACUAUUCCUCACCUGACUGCGGGACAGAGAUACUCGAGCACACAGCAGGCUCGCUAACUUUGGCGCUCGACUGCAUCUCCAACAUGGCAUCGAUGGAGACAUGCUACAAGGCCUUGGGCCCUGCAGGCGGCCGUUACCUAGCCCUAGACCCCUUUCCCAUCCGGGGACACACGCGCCGCAGCGUUGAGCCGGAUUGGAUCUGCGCGUACACGCAGUUUGGUCAUGCUAUCCCCUGGGCGCCGCCUUUCGAUCUGGACGCGCGCCUCGAUGACCGUGAGGGCGCCGAGACCUGGUAUCCCUUGGCCCAAGUUCUGUUAAACAAAGGUCUGCUCGUACCGCAGCCCCUGGAAUUACGUCCGGGUGGCUUAGAUGCCAUUGGAGAGGCUAUGUAUCAGGUACGCAAAGGGCAGAUAAAAGGCAAGAAGCUAGUAGUUCAGCUUUCUUACUAG